AUGGCUGCUGUUGGCUCAGAGCACAAGGAAGUGAGCGUAAGGGGCAUGCAAGCUUAUCGAGCACCAUCGCUUCUUCAGCCACAUAGGGCUCGUCAGGCCUUGCGAGAUGCAUAUGAGGGCAAGAUUGGGCCCUUGCUCGGUUUCUACUUGGCGUUCCCGACCGUGCCCACUGCCAGAAUCGCGGCCCAGCUGGGUGCUGACUUCGUCUGGGUGGAUUGGGAGCACUCUUCCUGCGGUCUUACUUUGUGUCAGGUCGUCCACGCGAUCCAAAACGUGAGCGAAGGAAGAAGCAUGGCGUUUGUUAGAGUCCCGGGUCAUGAUCACGCGAAUAUCGGCUUCGCAUUGGAUGCAGGUGCCUCGGUCGUAGUCCCGCAAGUCGACACCGUCGAGCAAGCCGAACACGUCGUCUCAGCCACCAAAUUCGGCGCAGUACGGAAAGGAAGCCGUUCUGCACCUCCCGCCCGCUGGCUAGCGGGCUCCAGCGUCACCAUUGACUCAUCGCGUUCCAUCUGGGAGAACGUCAACAACCAAGCUGCACUCAUCAUCCAAAUCGAGUCCGAAAUCGGCAUCAAGAACCUAGACGCCAUUCUCACACUGGUGGGAGACCAGAUAGAUGCUGUCUGGAUUGGCACGCUCGACCUGCGCGUCAGCAUGGGGUUGGACGGACUGUGGGGUGAAGAACCUGAGUUUCAGAGUGCGAUUCGUCUGUACGAGGAAACGUUAAGGAAGCACGACAAACCAAACUCCGGCGGCUGUUUCACGGGGAACUGGAGCUUGGGUUCCAAUAAGUCCUUUGUCGUCGUCGCUGGGGACUGGCUGGGCUUGUUGGGGCAGCGGGACAAUAUCCAAACCGCGAGAGAGAACCUGCCGGCUUCAGACAAGCGAUCGAAAAACAGGUUUGCAAAGGGAAAUGAGAACGGAACGAACUUGUAA